ACAAAGAUGGAAAAACAUCGGUUUUGCGCUGAAUUUAACUCGCAUUUCUAAUUUUUACGUGUUUCUACUUGACACGAGAGCACCAUUGCAGCUCGUAAUUGCGUGCUCAAAGGCCUCCUCGCAUCGACGUAAGCGAAAACGAGCAAAGGCGGAGCUGCGACUCUGAAUGAAUCUCUGUUAGUUGCGUCGGACGUGAACUGGAAAACCCACAACAGCAAUGGCUGACGCGGCAACGGUGAAAAAAACUGCGGCCAAGGUGCUGGCAUGUGUGGAGAAAGUGUCCUCUUUCGCCUCUUCCAUCGACCCGUUGUUCGGCAUCGUCACCUCCCUUGUGUCAGUGGCACGCAAGGGCCUGGUUGGCGAAGAGGCGCACGCCCUGGAUAAGGAUUUCCGUGCCGUCCACAGCAAGCUGGAGAGCAUCUCAGCCAAAAACCGGCAGACGUUGCGGCAGAUCCGCAUCGAUGAGGUCAACGAGACCUUCGGCAAGUACGAGGAGUACAUCAAGCACCAGUACGCAGCCUUCAACACUAUGGUGGAGCUGGUGAAGAAAGACCCUGACGGUACCCGUCGCUACAUGAGGGACUUCGAGAAGAUCUAUGAGCGGGACAAGAGCGAACUGAGCCUGGACGUCUACUACCGCGGUGUCAUGGGCACCGGGACUUUGUUUGGCAGGCCCCUGCUCAAGGUCUACCUGGAGCACUGCGACUUCAACCGCCAGGUGAUGGAGCGUCGCUGCUCGCACCUAAGCCAUCUCUUCCACAUCGGCCUCAUAGCUCUCAUGGGCUACACUGCCGUCACCGAGGACGAUGAGGACGAAGUCCGGGAGAAGUGGGCGGACCGCGUGGCGAACAUCCAGGCCAAAAUGAUGGAGGCCCUGGCCCAGUGUAAAGAUGGGCCUUCGGGGACAUCGUAGCAGCUGCUUGCCGAAAGAAAAGCGGCAGCGGUGUGAGUAUUGUUUUUAGAGUGGGAAUGCAGGAAGGAAGCUCUCUGCAAAUGGAUAGGAUUGGAAAAGGAAACCCAAAGUUAUCACCGUUAGUCAAGUCACCUCUUGCCACCUCCACUUCAGGUGAAUAUGUAAGCAAUGUGGCUGUUGCUGAGUAUAAAUUGCUUUUUAAAAAAAAAAGGAAAAAAAGCCACAGGCUCAGUUUGGUGCAGGAUCAGUGUACCUACUUGAAGUGUGACCACUUUUUUUUUUUUUUUUGGGUACCCCCUUGGUGUGCUUGCACUUUAUAUGUGGCUAAAGUCAGCUUUUGUUACCCUACAGCUACUGCAGACUAUCUUGGUUAAAGUCUAAUUUUGUAUUUUAAAUAAAUUUUAAACUAUAGUCUAACUUCAUAAUGCCUGCUUGUGUGUUUUGUUAAUUAUGCAGAUUUAUAUUGGCUUCUGACUAACAAUAUAUGUGUAUAUAGCAAUAAUAUAUAACGGCAGUAAUGUCAAAGCUGAAAUACUUUCACCCUUAUGCCUGCACAUAUACUAUUUUUUUAAUGAGUUCCUCAUUUUUAAUUUGUGUAAACCUGAGACUUCCCCAGUAAUAUGCACAGUACUAUGAUAGGCAUAUUACUGGAAUCAUUACUGUAUGAAAUAAUUUUAACCCUAUAAUGUCAAUCUGGACACACAAGCCAGUAAAAUUAGUUUCCCUAAUUUUAAGAAUGUAUGUGUGUGUAAAUCAUGACUGGAAAUGAAUGUGUAUGAGGAGCACAUAAUUACAAAUUAUCGCAGUAUAUGCUGUAUUGGAACAUAUUCUUGAAAGGAAUAAAGUUUUUUCCUUUUUAAGCUCCUUAGCCUCGUAGUUAGAUUUUUUUGUUAAAUCCCUUUGCCUCACAGUGCAAGAAUAAAGGUAAAACCCUGAGUUUGCAGAGAUAUUUCAGGUUCAAAUCUCACCGAAGGAACUGUUCUCUGAGCUGCAAGAGCUCAAAUGUGUUCGCCAUCCACAGCAUUUGUAAAUCCUACUUGAGGUGCCACGGCCAA